AUGGGUAAAAUAGAAAUAUUUUCAACUGAAAAAGGAAAACCAUUGCUGGUUUAUGAUUCAUAUGUAUACAAUUUAGAACGAAAAACUAAACUAAAAUCAAUAUUUCGAUGUCAGAACCGUGAUUGCAAGGGGCGCAUUCAUACUAACUUAUCAAUGGACUCAAUUUCAUCAGGGCCAACUGCACAUUCUCAUUCAGCAAAUCUCGACAAAAUGUCGGUUAUAAAACUACAGAAGGAUAUAAAAUCUCGCGCUGCCAUUAGUGAAGAACCAACAAGCAACAUUCUUCAUUCUGCAUUGAGAACUUUUCCUUUGCAUUCUGCCGGUUCACUACCCAAGAAUGAUUCAUUAAUUCGCUCAAUUCGUCGUCAACGUCAAGUGGAACCGCUCGAUAAAGACGGGAGACUGCCAAGCAAUUUGAGAAAAACAGAUCGUGGAGAAGAUUUUGUUUCUAAUGAAAAUAAACAAUUAAUAGUAUUCACAACGAAAUCUAACUUAUUGGUUCUGAAAAAUUGUAAACACUGGUUUGCAGAUGGGACCUUAAAGGUUUGUUCAGAUGAUUUCUAUCAGCUGUUUACGUUGCACGGGUUAUUCAUGUCUAGUGUCAUUCCACUAGUUUAUGGUGUUUUGAUUGGAAAAAGUUUUAAUGAUUAUAAUGAAUUCUUUGAACUUAUUUUGAAACAAAAUAAUUAUGCUCCAGAAUCGAUACUAACCGAUUUUGAAGCAGCUAAAAUAAAAUCAGUGCACAAGUUAUUUCCGAAUAUUCUUCAUAAAGGUGACAACAUGAUUUUGUUUGAGUGUAAAUCUAGCAUGCUGAUUCUUCUUUCAGGUUGUUUGUUUCAUUUUGGUCAAUGCGUAUGGCGAAAAUUUCAGAGUUGUGGUCUAACAAAAAAGUAUCAUGAUGAUCAACAUUUUCACAUCAAUGUGAAAAAAUUAAUUGCGCUAGCAUUUGUUCCAGUUGUAGAUGUUGUGAAAGCAUUUGAAUUGCUUGAAAGUGAAUUUGACGAUAACGCCGAUGAACUUAUAUCUUAUUUCGAAAAAACGUGGAUCGGUGAACGCAAGAGACGGGGUAAUAUUAUUAAUCAAAUGCUACUUCUUAUAACUAAAUUUUUUUCAGUGAAUGGUCGAAAAAUACCACAAUUUACUCAUGAACUAUGGAACGUCUACGAUCGCGUAGUAGCUGAUUUACCUAGAUCUAACAAUGCUAUCGAGGGCUGUCAUAAUGCAUUUGCAAAUCGUGUGCUUACCGCUCAUCCAACAAUUCCAAAGCUGACCGAUAAAAUUCGUCGAGAACAAUCUAAAUUUGAAAUCGAUAUAGAACAGAGUCGUCAAGGUCAUGAACCAAAACCAAAAAAAGCUUCCUAUCGAAAGCUUGACGAGAGAAUUAAACGGCUUGUUCAAGCAUACAACAAUAACGAUUUAGUUCAAUAUUUAAGUAGUGUGGCAGCUAAUGUAAAUUUGUAA